AUUUACUCCUGCCACAAAAAGCUUACAUUGAUUUAUUUUAUAUUUGUGUCUCUAUAGGCUGUGGAAACUAACCUGGCCUCUAAAGACAGUCACUGGGUGUUUGUGAAUGAGGAGAUCAGUGAUACUGAGAUUAUGGAGCUAGCCCACAGUUCCUUGGGAAGGAUGACGGUCGUCAGGCAGAUUUUCCCUCUGUGGAAGGACAGCAGUGUGAGCUGUAUGAGGAACAACCACCGCAUCUCCUCAUUGCUCUGUGACCCUCAGGAGGGCUACCUGCAGUCGCUGGAGGUGUCCAAUUUGUACCUUUAUGAUAGUGUGUUGAUGCUGGCUAAUGCAUUCUACCGGAAAUUAGAAGAUCGGAAGUGGCACAGUAUGGCCAGCCUCAACUGCAUCAGGAAGUCAACCAAGCCCUGGAACGGAGGCUGGUCCAUGCUGGAAACGAUCCAAAAGGGCCGUAUAACUGGUCUCACCGGAAUUAUGGACUUCAUGGACAAUGGAUCAAAUUCCCAUGUUCAGUUUGAGAUUUUGGGGACCAGCUUCAGCGAAACGUUUGGAAAAGACAUAAAGCGAUUAGCUACAUGGGAUUCUGUCCAUGGCCUGAAUGGAAGUCUAAAGGAGAGCCGCAUUGAGAAUGGCAUGCAAGGGGUUACCGUUAAAGUUGUGACGUUGUUGGAGGAUCCAUUUGUGAUGGUGGCAGAGAACAUCCUCGGACAGCCCAAAAGAUAUAAAGGGUUUUCAAUUGAUGUCCUGGAUGCCUUGGCCAAGAUCCUAGGAUUCAAGUACGAUAUCUACCAGGUGGCAGACAGCAAAUAUGGCUCUCAGCUGUCCAAUGGCUCUUGGAAUGGCAUGAUUGGGGAACUCAUAAACAAGAGAGCCGAUUUGGCAGUGUCUGCCAUAACUAUAACACCAGAGCGAGAGAACGUUGUGGACUUCAGCAAGCGCUACAUGGACUACUCUGUAGGGAUACUACAUCGAAAACCUGAGGAAAAGAUCAACAUUUUUUCGUUGUUUGCCCCUUUUGACUUGGCUGUGUGGGCCUGUAUCGCAGCUGCCAUUCCAGUGGUGGGCGUUCUUAUCUUCCUGCUGACACGGAUGCAGAUGCUCCGCUCCCAGAAUCCUCCAGGAGCCCAUCACACUUCAUCCAUGUCUAACUCAUUGCAUAGUGCUAUAUGGAUUGUCUAUGGAGCCUUUGUACAACAAGGUGGAGAUUCGGUGGUGGGGUCUGUGGCAUUGAGGAUAGUCAUGGGCAGUUGGUGGUUGUUCACAUUGAUUGUGUGUUCCUCUUACACUGCUAACCUGGCUGCAUUCCUAACUGUGUCCCGCAUGGACAACACUAUAAGAACGUUUCAGGAUCUUGCAAGACAGAUGGACUAUGCCUACGGCACUGUUAGAGACUCAGCAGUGUAUGAUUACUUCAGAGCCAAAGGUACAAACCCACUGGAGCAGGACAGCACAUAUGCAGAGCUGUGGAGGACAAUCAGCAAAAACAAUGGACAGGAUUUCUCAGUUUCUAGCCCUUCUGAAGGCAUACGCAAGGCCAAAAAAGGACCUUACGCAUUUCUGUGGGACAUGGCCGUGGUGGAGUAUGCAGCACUGACUGAUGACGACUGCACCAUUACUGUAGCUGGCAACAGCAUGAGCAGCAAAGGCUACGGCAUCGCCAUGCAGCAUGGGAGUCCUUAUCGAGACCUCAUCUCCCAAAAGAUUCUGGAGUUGCAGGAGAAAGGAGACCUGGAUGUCUUAAAACAGAAGUGGUGGCCUCGGACUGGCCGUUGUGACCUCAACAGCCACAGUAAUGUCCAACCUGAUGGUCGGUCGCUCAAGCUCCAUAGCUUCGCCGGCGUUUUCUGCAUCCUAGCAGCGGGGCUCCUGUUGGCCUGUCUGGUGGCCGCCCUGGAAAUGUGGUGGAACAGCAAUCGCUGCCGGCAAGAGCAGCCCAAAGAGGUUACUAAGGAUUACAGACUGGCAAGGGUUUCUGGUCCAUUGACAUAUAAUGAUAUUGCUACUGCUUCAUCGGAGGGGAGCAAGGACAUUUGGACAGACAGAGAAAGAGACUGGGAUGAAGCAGAAGCUAUUGACACAGGACAAGGAGGUGAACCUGGAACAGGUGCAUCGGCGUAUGAACAGUCUUAUGGACGAGGACAUGGCACACAAGCAGAUCCCCGCACCAUCUAUCGAGAUCUCUGCCCUGGACAUCGGCAGCAUGCCGCCCAGCCAGCAGCGGGAGGCUGUGCGAGACUACCCGGGCACGGGCCUGUCUGUGAGCACCUUCCUCCCGGAGCAAGCUCAUGGGGUGGGCCGGACGCUGGCCCAGGGUCCUGGCAGCACCCUACCCCUUCCUCUCAGCAGCUCCACCAUGCCCUCCAUCCAAUGCAAACACAGGGCUCCCAACGGGGGCCUGUUCCGACAGAGUCCCGCCAAGACGCCCAUGCCAAUGUCCUACCAGUCAGUACCAGGAGGACCCAUCCCAGAAGCUAUUGAGCAUAGUACAUCCAUCUAAGUCCAUCGUCACCAUGGGCUGCCUCACACUUGCUUUUCAAAGGAAGAAAGCCGAGGUGCAGUUGGAGCUUUGGAAACUGUGGCAGUGUAAAAAGAAGGGUGGGGGGAAGUACGCAGAGAUUUUUAUUAUGAAAAAAAAAAGAAAACAUGAGAAAUCAUUUUUUCUUGUACAUAUUUGUAAAUACUGAAAGAGCAAAGUAAGUAAAAGUGUAUUUUGAAUAUUCUCAAUUUUUGAAGUUGAGUUACAAAAACAAAUGAACAACAAAAAAGGACAUAUAAAAAUAAUUCAAAACGACUGUUUGAAUGGCUUUGUGAAUUUUGUUCUCUAUGGGUAAAGACUCAAAUUCAUUGUGAUUGUUUUCUAAGUGCCGAAAUAAAAGAUGUCUCUCCACGUUUUGUUACUAGAUGAUCAUACACGGCUGUAGGAACCCAAAAGUUGAGCGCUGAUAAUUAUGCACCCCUUUUACUGUCAUAAACCUUCUUCGACCUGCAAACAGUGAGGCAAUUUUAAUUCUGCUUCCUUCUCUGAUUUUGGUUGUUGAUUACUGAUUCAGAUUUAUGUGCUUGCGUCAAGUUGAUGUUGUUUAUGGGUUUAAUGAAUAAGCAAAGGCUAACCAUUCAAAAUAGUAUAGUAGUGACUCGUCAGACAAGCUAAAACUUUGCGGUCAUGGCAACAGCACUGAAGAAAAUUUGUUUGUUUUGUUUUGUCUUUUUGUUGUGUUUUGUCUUCUUGUUUUGUUUUGACUGUGCUUUUCAGACUAUUUUGAGACUAUCAAUCCGUGAGCACAACCAGCCCAGAGAGAACAAUUAUAUUCCAUAAAUAUAACAGCGUCAUUUUAAUUUGUUGCACAUCAAGGACAUUUUACACCAGUUCAUGCUGUCAUUUGUAAAGAGCUGUAUUAUCAUUGCUUUUCUGAUAUUCUGCCAAAACCCUUUUUCUUUUUUGUACAACAGUACAACACCUCACACAGAGUAUAUAGACAAAAAAAACUUGUAUAUGAAAUGAUUUUCAUAAUUUACAUGUUGUGAUAUCUUUUUUCCUAAUGAGUCGCAAGGGAAUUCGUGAUUGGUGUAAAUGAAGCCAUGUUGGUACGCCCACAACUGUACAAACAUCUCUUGCAGGCAAUUCUAAAUAGUCCAAACACACAUAUGAAUUAUUUUUUACUGUACAAUUAAACUUUUACAUUUCUUUUUACAUGCUGUUUUGUAAUCGUUUUUCAGGAGGUUCGGACCAAUUAUGAAUCUCAGCCGUGUUAUGUUUGUGACCUAAACCAGAACAACCUUAUACACUUACUCCAUUUACAGCUACCUGUGUGUAUUGUCCUGUUGCCAUUCCACAGACCCUCUGAAAUUCGCCAUUCAUCAGAUUAUAAAGAAAAAGACAUUUGUCAGCGUGGAGCACAUAGACCAGUUUCCGAGAAGAUUUCACCCUGCACAUGCUUGUCAGUCAUAACUCAAGGUUGUAUCCUGUAUAUUUUGUACAAGUCCAAGUAGUUACUAAUGUGAACCAAAGUGAUAUAUUACACUGUGUAACACAACCUGUGGCUUUGAGAUGCCGACAGUGGUGGUAAGGAUGUGUAAUUUGUAGGGUUAAGUGUCUUCACUGCCUUACACUUGUGCCCCUUUGAUUUCAGAUAAAAAACAUCCAAUAUUCCAUGAAAUAUAACAGUAUCAUAGCAUAGUCUGUAACAUUACAUCUAAGGGAGACUCUUAUUUUAUUUAUGAAUAUGCUGCUUGGAGUUUCUUAAUCUUUAAUAAAGAAAUAUGGUUUACAUUG